AACUUCAUCGCCCGUGGAGGUGGAGGACGAAGGAUGAACAGGUUUGAUGCCGAGGCUAGCGACAUCCCCGAGGCCGCAAGAGAAGCCAUGGGUGGAAGGUUGAAAGGCCCUGAUCGCCCACAUGGUGAAGGUGAUUGGCGUGGACCUGGCAAAGCAUCAGAGAAAGGAAAGAUGCAACAUCCAAGGAAAUAUGGCCAGUUCUUUGUCACGGACAGGGAUGGAAAUCAGAUUUGCUACAAGUUCGCAAAGGGGCAGCCGGGGGCAUGUGCGGAGCCUUGCUCUGAUCAGCGAAGAAGUGAGACCAAGGAAGUUCGUGUCGUGUUUGCAGAAUUCUUCGCUGGAAUGGGAGGCUUCUCGGAGGCAAUGAAGUUGGUGGGCACGAGCUUAGUAGAGGUUCGUGCUACCCUAGAUGGAUACGCCGGGGAGUGGAAUAUUCUUGCGGAGGAAGAUUACGAGAUGGCCAAACAACAACUAUGCGGAGAAGAAAUAGAUCACGCUCACUUCGCUCCUGCAUGUCGUACAAUGUCGAUGGCAAGAAGGUCUGACCAGUUCGGAACAGUGAAAGUCCUUAGAGAUGCAAAUAGACCUGAAGGUUACGGUGACAAAGAUGCAGAAGAAUCAAACGAAAUGGUGAAGAGAAUGGUGGCACUUUGUUUGAUGCUGAAUGGACGAGGUGCAACCUUCGCCAUAGAGAACCCUUGGAUGUCAUUCUUGUGGUUGUUGCAGUCGAUGCAAAAGGUUAUGAGGAUGAAGAAUGCUGAGCUCCUGUGUUUGCAUCAGUGUGCCUAUGGCGCUUCGUCAGUGAAGCCUACAGGCAUACUCACUACGGCAGUGUGGAUGAAACUGGGAACACCUACACGCAACAACUCUUUGUGGCAAGGCAUGGGACUAUGUUACAGAGAAGUGGAUAUGGAGAACGAGCCUUGCAGCCGAAUAUCCCUGCGGACUAUGCCUGGCUUGGAGCAAAGCAUUCAAAUGCUGGAUGACGUCAAGGUUGGGAAGAAAAUGGAUGGAAGAGAGGAGCUACAAGAUUGUGGGAAGAUGGAGAAACGUGCUUUCUCCAAGAACUGGGCACUGCGACAAAUGGGUGAAAAGAUUCGCAGAGUGAUAGAAGGGCACAUGAAAGAAGAUGAAGUUGAGAACAUGGUGGUUGACAUGAAGAAAGGAACAAGCGCGGAAUGGAUAAAAGAGAUCAGAAAAGCUCUGCGCAAAGAAUUUGGAGCAAAAGAAGAGGACAAAGGGUUGCAAACAGAGUUGUGGCAAUCGAUGUUGAUGCAAGCUGAAGAUGCGGACAAGGAGGUGCUCAUCGAGUGGAUGAAGAAUGGCUUUCCUCUGGGCAUAAAGAAGGAGAUAGAGAACACGGGCAUCUUCCCAGAAACGCUGGAGGACUCAGCAGCAGUUGAAGCGUCCAGAGUUGAAGGAUUGCUGAAAGGGGACUACGAUGGAUCCCUGAAGAACUAUGUCAGCUUUGAAGAAGCAGGGCAGCCGGCUGAGGAGCUGCUCAAAGAGAUGGAAAGAGCUGGCAGGACAGAGGUGUUUGCAAGUUGGGAUCAGGUCGUGCAGAAAGUAGGGCCUGCAGAGGCAGUGUUGACAAAGCUUGCAUGCAUCACAAAACUCAAAGAAAGUGGAGAACUAAAGCAUCGCUUAGUCGUGGACUGCAGAAGAAGUGGCGUAAAUGGACUGGCGCAAGUCAGGGAAAGAGUCAUCCUGCCCAAAGUUACAGACUUCGUGAAGUCAGUGCAGAGAAUUUUGAAGAAGACCAGUUGGAAUGUAGACGGCAGCUGGCAGUUUGAGCUCUUUUCAUCAGACUUUUCAAAUGCUUUCUACAUGUGUCCCCUGCGGUCAGAAGAACGAUGCUUUGUGAUUUUCAAAGGAAGAGAUGGAAGAUACCAUGUCAGCAGAUGCGUGGUCUUUGGUCUGGCAGCAGGUCCUUUGUUGUGGGCUAGAAUAGCAUCAGCUGCGAUGAGACUUGCACAAGCAACUAUGAAAGACCACGAGGCUGCGAUUUCAUGCUACGUGGAUGAUCCGUUGCUGGCCAUUCUGGGACCAUCACCAUAUGAGAGGAUGAAGUCGUUUUGCAUUUGCACCCUGCUGUGGCAAAGCUUAGGUCUGGAUAUGGCUUGGCGCAAAAGCUGCCAUGGUCAAAUGGUGCCGUGGAUUGGCUAUGAGAUCAGCUUGGCAGGCAAAGCAAUGGGAGAUGUCACAGUGAGAAUGGCAGAAAACAAAAGGGUGAAGUUGCACGAAACAUUCGAGCAGCUACUGGCCUACCGCGGAAUGAUGCCGUUGAGGCUACUACAGCAAGCUACAGGUGUGCUUGGAUGGGCUUCCAGCAUCUUGAUGGCUGCAAGGCCGUGGUUGUCCAUGCUAUACGCGGCAUCGACUCAGCACCAAAGAACUGAACCAAUCAGGCAUCGUGCGCGAGAAAGAAAAGGCCUGGUGUUUGUACGUCAGGUGGACAACGCCUUGAGAUGGUUGAGUGCAAUGGUUCAGGAGGUCAACAAUGCAGAUCGUGAAUUGAUGCAGUCAGACGCCGGCGAUCCUGCCUUUCAGAACGAAUGGGAGUUGCUGACAGUUUGGCUGUCGUUAGAGGCUUUCACACCAUGGUUGAAACAGAUGUAUGCAACACCACAGGUACUCAUUCGCACGGACAACAUGGCAGCAUUGCGAGCAUCGUCUGAGUUCAAGGCCAAGUCACCGAUACUCACCCAGCUCGCUGCAGAGAUCUCGAUUCUUGUAGAGAUCUUGCAGUUACUGCCACUACAAGCCGAGCAUGAUGGUUACGACGCCAGUGCAGUGGGGGACCUCAGUCGCGCUGCAACGAUGACGUUAGGAGAAGUGCUUAGAAGAAAGAGAAAACAAGGGCCAUGGCAACCAGAUGCGAGUGUGAAAAGGCCGACGAGGGGGUCAGCUGAAUUGGCACUACGCAUAGCAGAAGAUGAAGCCGAGAGGUGUCUGGCUGUCAAGCAGUUUGGCAGCUUGAAGUUAGCGCCGGCCACCAUCGACACGAAGGACUCGUUGUUUGGGCUCUGGGGGAAAAUCUGCGAAAGACUGCACUUAGAGAGUCUUCCUGUGACCGAAAGGUCUAUCAAUGAAGUCACAGCGAUCCUCAGGGCCAGUGGAUACAGAGCCGCAAUGGCGUACGUGUACGAGGCCAAGACCAGACACGUGCGAGAAGGUCACGAAUGGAACGACAGGUUGCAGAUGGCAUUGGCAGAUGCGAAAAGGGCGGCAAAGAGAGCACUUGGGCCACCCACAAGGGCUGAAGAAAUCAGACCGGAGUGGUGGUCUCAGGUAGCUGUGAAGUGUGGUAAGGAACCACGUGAGAUUGAGUUCGAGGCGGAUGAGCCAGCUGGAGGACUUCGUGUCUGGGUGCUAGCAACAAAGUUCUUGCUUCGGGAGACGGAGUUGGCUGGGCUGACGGUCGACAGCGAUGGGAUUCACCUCGAUCGCGCAGCCAUGACGGUGAGCUUGCAUCUUACUGUGCAGAAGACGGACCCGACAGCAAAAGGAAAGUGGCGCACACUUGCAUGCUCUUGUGGGAAGAAGCAUCCAUCAGUGUGUCCAUACCACACGAGCCUGGAUCUGGUGAACUUGCAACUACGAGCUCUUCGGUUGACUAGACAAGAUGAAGCAAAGGGAAAGGGCUAUCCCUUGAUUGGCCGUCUGGACAAUGCGAAGGCCUUUGUGGAAAAGGAGAAGAUGAUCUCGCAUGCAAAGAAGUUCGGAACCUUAGUGUCCAGAGUGGUGCAAGAAGCAAAGGAACUAGAUAUCGAAAGAGUCACCGGGCACUUUGCAAGAAGAUCUGGUGCGAAGGACCUGGCGAGACAAGGCAUUCCGCUGACUGCAAUACAAUGGAUGGCAAGGCACUCCUCAAAUGUAACGCUGCAGUACGUGGAAGAUGCCUGGUCUGAAGCGCCUAGGUCAGACCUACAGUUGCAAGACAUGUCAACUUUGUGUGAGAUGGCCAGUGCAACAUUGGCACGUGUGGAACAGGUGGAAAAGGCGGUGGACGAUACGGAAGAAUGGAUGAGACAGCAGCUGGCAAAGUUGAGCCCAGUGGAGCAGACAAGUGAAGAAGAGCCGGAGACCUACGACGAGAUAUGCAAGAAGUGUUUGGUAGAAAAGGCGAUGUAA